AUGGUUCUGCGGCUACAUCCCAUUAUGCUUCAUACUGUGUUGCCCGGCGGACUUGUGGUCUGGUGGUGGAUACUUCGACAGCUUGGUGCUAUCGGGGGGCUGGUAAUAGACACUAUGUCUGUGUUCGCGAUUGGUGCACUCGUCAUGAACGCCGCUGCCAACAACACGCUCAAGACGGAGUUAAGGGACUUGGCUGAAGAACAUAAACACGUUCUAUCGGAGCUCUCUAGGCACACGGAAACGACUGCACAGCAGUACACCGACCUGACCAAGAAGGUCGAGGAUCUCACGUCUUUGGUCAAUGCAGAAAGCGCAGAAUCAACGCGCCUCAGGGCUGAGCUGGCCGACUACAAAGCGAUGACAAAAGUCAACAAGGAACUCGUUCUGGACGUCGCUCCUAUCCCUGUAGCCUCGCCGGUCGAGACUAGUUCGAUGCAGAAGAUCGAGGUUGAACUCGCCGACCUUCGUCAGUCCGUCGGAGAGUGCAACCCCUCCAUCCCAGAGACUGUUAUGGAACGAUUGCAGCUUCUCGAGUCCCAGGCGCGCUCCGUACCACUUCUUCGUCACCGGGACCCUAUCGAACAGCAGCCGCUCGAGGAAAUCAAGACGCACAUCAAGGAGGCCUGUGGACCCCUCGAAACCAGGAUAGCACUUGCCGAAAUCUACGUGCGGUCUGCCCUAGAUGUCAAGAAGGAAGUAGUUGACAUUCGACAGCUGCUCAAAGACGUCAAGAGGUCCCUCUUGGACAAGAUUGUGCCUGUCAAGACUGUCCCGGGUGUCAACCUUCUAAAAGACGUUGAACAAUCACUCUCCGACAAGAUCGCCCUUGUCGAGAUCUAUGCGCGGUCCAUCCCAGGUGUCGAGCAGGAGGUGGACCUUCUUCGUCGUUCACUGGAAGAUGUCGAACGAUUCCUUUGGGGCACCAUCAUGUCUGUCGACACCCACGCGCGGUCCAUUCCAGACAUCGAGGAGGAGGUGACCAGCCUCUGUCAGUCGCUCAGUAAAGCCAAAGACAAGAUUGAGCUUCUCGAUAUCCAGAUGGCCCGUGUCGAUGGUGGCUUAUACAAUGUCUACCAACGGCUGGCGCACAUCGAGGAAGAGCAAGAAUCCUUCGAUGACAGGAUUCUGUCUCCUGAAGACCUGGCGCUGUCUGCUCUGGAUGCUGCGAGCGAACUCAGGAACGACCUCCGUGAGUCGCUUGAGGCUGUCAAGGCCAACGUAAAGACACACUGGGACCGCUUCGAGGAACAAGUCGCGUCUGUUGAAGCCCGAAUGCAGUCUGUCCAGGACGUCAACAAGGAGUUGGUCAGCUUCCGUGAGACAUUCACGAACAGCCAGAACAAGCUCGAGAGCAAAGUCGUUACCCUCGAGACCCGGAUGCAGUCGGUCCCAGCUGCUGAAGAGCUUACCACCCUCCAUCGAUCGCUCGAGCGCAUUGAGGCCAAGGUCAAGACGACUCAGGAGUCCGCUGACAAGAUAGAAGGCCGGAUUGCGGCUCUCGAGUCCCUGAUACGGACCGUGUCGGGUGUGGAAGGCGUCACUCUCGGAUGCCCGCUUAUUGACACUGAGGGGUCUCGUGUGGAGGAGAGUAUCACGUUCUUCGAGAGCGAGGUGCGCACUAUGCCGACCGCUGGCCCCAAAGAGUCCCACCAGGAGAUGCAAUUGAUCCCUCGUGAGCGUCCCAACACACUGCCCGAGCAUCAAGACGAUGAACUCGUGAGGCCCGAGCUGGUUUGCACUGAAGUAUGCGAAAUUGAGCAACCAGGCAUACCACAUUCCGAGACUGUCACCCUCGAACGGUCAAGGGCCAUAGUCGAGGACCCCGUAGUCACCACGUCUCACUCAUACCACAUUACGUCCAUUGGUCUCGGUGAACGUCUCGGAGCUUUACAGGAGAGCAUGAAGACCAAUGCACGUCAAACCCUAGUCUGGCUCAUGCAGGACACUAUGGAGUUCGAAUGCCGUUCAAUUCCGGGUCAAUUCCCUGAAAGCGACCUUAGAUCUCUUGUCGACAAGGUCAUCCACCUCAGGGGACAAGCUCGUCACUGGCAUGGAGAGCUAGGACUAACACGUCAGAGGCGCAGAAGCUCGGGCAGUUUCCAGAGUCUGAAGUCGCCAGACUCAGAGACCCUGCUGCAUGCCCUAGUCUUCAGCACCCUGGAACUGGUCCAGAUCCACUCCCUUAUCCCUGCCAGUGGUUCUCUACCGCGGCGACUCUUCGACGUGGAGUUGGAUUGCUACCCCUCAGCCGAGUUCAUGGACCUGGUGCUCAAACGUAUCAGCAACCUUACUGGGUGUCUGCAGUCGUUCUCUCAAGCAGGGGGGAAGUUUGAUAAACUCGCCUACUUGCGAGUCGAGACGGUCGUCGACAUCUCGACAGAAAAUGGAGAGAUUGAGCUGAUCGAGCAUCUAGCGGAAUGCACCUUAGACUUGGUGUCAAAAGGUCGCGAAAUCAAGCAAACCACGGACGGGCCACUCGAUGAACUGCAGGAAUCCAAGGAUAUCAUCGAACACAACAAACUCGUGCAUGCGUUUAACACCAGCAAAUUCUCUUCCAAGGGUCACGCGUGUACUUGGUCCCUGUGGAUAGACCUCGCCGCCAUCGCCGAUGACCUGUUUGAGCAGCCUGGUGCUCCGAUCAACAAUUCGAGGUCAACCGACUUCCUCGUGGUCACUCUCAACGAACGGGACCGGGUUGGAAAGGUGCUGAAACGCCUUGGGCGAUACGACGAUGAUGGCAGAGCAUGGAUCGCGGCGAAGAUAGUACAUCAUCUUCUCAACAUGCUAUAUAGUACGCAUGUCGGGGAACUUACGAAGUAGCGAGACAGGUUCGGCUCUUUCAUCGCAUACGCUUGGAUACAUCCAAAUAGAUAAAGGACGGUACUCUGAUUACGUUGGCAUUCGUUGUUUGGCUUCGACACGGACAUGGACUGGUGUACUGUAUACAUUAUAAUCGUGAUGUAAUCCCAAGAUCUUCCAGACGUGUGCAGUACCUACGGUGUGCUAGAUCGCGCAGGCAAAGCGUCGCGCCGAUACCAAAAAUUGAGCAUACGGUAAAUCUCCCGUAUGCUCAAUAUUUGAAGCUAUACGCAAAUGCUGCGAUACUGCGCAGGUUAGGUCGUCAGUU